AUGGAUACCACUCUCACGAGUCUCUCCUCCGAAGCUGGGGCCAUACUGUUGGCAAACAUGGAGAUUGUAGAGGUGGUAUCUAUGUUCUCUAUAGGCGCUUACAAUGCCCUUGAAACUGCGAUCGUCACUUUCAAUGUCUUUGACAGAUACCGCGGACUGUACUUCUGGAGCAUGCAGGUCGCCUCGUGGGGCAUCGUGCUGCACUCCAUCUCGGCCAUGGUUCGGUUUGUCUCACAGGCAUCUGGUCUUGCAAUGUCGAUCCCAUUCCUGCGGAUGCGCUGGGCUCUGUGGAUGAUCGUCAUCAAUGCAGUGGUCUUGCAUAUCCCAAUGAGCAUCUUGUUCCUUGGCAUUGGCCAGGGCAAUACUCACUUCGCCCGAGCCGCUGCCAUUUACGAUCGGAUCCAACUGACAGGCUUCUGUAUACAAGACCUCGUUUUGUGCGGGACCUACAUUCGAAAGGCAGCACGUAUCAUGAAGCCGAUCAUGGCGCUUCGUGAUUGCGCGGAGCGGCGCAUCAUGGUCCACCUGGUCAUGGUCAACGCUUUCGUACUCGUCCUCAACCUUCUUCUUGUGAUCGCUGAAUACAAAAUCCAUUUCAUUCAGAUCAGCCUCAAAACGGUAGUGUACAGUAUCAAGCUCAAACUAGAGUUUACUGUCCUCAACCGCCUUCGCUCCCUGGUCAAGUCCGAUCUUUCUAACGAAUUGGAGAGCCCGACAUCGAGACAUUUCUCGCAUCGCAACCAUUCUUCUGGGGCAACUUCACUCCAUGCUAAGUUCAGCCGGGUGGUGAAAGACUCCGCUCCCUUUCUGGAUGUGGAGAUUCCCGACUCACUUCUUUGGCUCGACCUCGGCUCCAGCUCUCCCCAAGAAUUGCUAGAGGCUUCUCAUAUUUUCUUCGCCCGGAAUGAGAAUAUGUCCGUCUCUGCGGGAUGUAUCGGAGGUGAAGGCUGGGUGCGCGGGCCAACAGGGAAGUUCACUGAGGAUCUUGAUGACUGCCGAAAAAUGUCUUUUGUGGAGUAA